UGGUCGGGGGAGAAGCAUGUAGUCUCCAAAUGCCAAGUUUCUACAGUGACACGGUGAGAGGGAGGGGGAGGACGAGAGCUGAGCAGUGAGCAAUAGUUCACUGGAUGUGGGAUACAGAGUGGGAUCUGCAGCAGAGCAAGAUCAGAUAGCACAUCUACCAAGAAAGUGAGAGACUGUUGACUGCAUAUGACUCUAAAAUAAGCUUUGAGGAAUCGAUUUUUUGAUUGGAUCGGACCCCGUGGCUCACGUGAGCCACACGCACAUUUAAUUUGGGAUCGCUGUGAUCAAGACGUCGAGGGUCAAAACAAGACUUCACUGCUGUACUGAAGUCAUUUUCUGACUGUAGUGUGUUUCUGAUCGACUGGAUAUCAAAAGAGGAGUAACUUUUGGAGGACUUGAUUGUGUGUGAUUGUUAUGCUCUCCUCGCUGAGGGGGGAAAGAGACGCGUUUAAACUCGGAGGCAAAGACAUGAAGGUGCACUGGGGACGUUUACUUUUCUGCCUCAGGAGGAAAGAGUGGUUCUACCCGUAAGAGGAGAGAGGAGCCAUCAGAAGCCCGAAGAGAAACAUGCAUAAGAUAAAUUAAAGGAAGCCUGAGGAGAAAUAUUAGCAGUUAGCAGUUUGGCAAAAAAACUGGGAGAUCUCAAAGGAAGCAAAAGUUGGGAGCCCUUGCACACGAGACCACUUCUUCAGUUCCUCACGUCUCAGUUCCGGUUGUUACUGAGGCUGUUUGUGGACGGAGCUGUAAACCUUCCCAUGAGCUGGGUGAGUUUUGUGUGAGCCGGGCUGUUUGAAGCCGCGUGGCUGUGCCCCUCCGAGGCAUGAGUGUGGGAAGGGCACACCACCACCACCACCACCACAGCUUCCCGUCCUGUGAAGAAGAAGGCCUGAGACUCAGCGCCAUGCCCGCUGUCGGCAGCUUCGGCAAUGGAAAGAUUCACACCAGACGUAAAUACCACAGCCGGUUUGUCGGCAAGACCGGUCAAUGCAACGUCCAUUUCUCCAACAUGGACGAGAAGUCGCAGCGGUACAUAUCUGACAUUUUUACCACUUGUGUGGACAUCCGCUGGAGAUACAUGUUCCUGCUGUUUAGCCUGGCAUUUGUGGUGUCCUGGCUCACCUUUGGCCUGGCAUACUGGGUAAUCGGGCUCCUCCAUGGUGACAUGGACCAUCCAGCAGGGGACGACGGUUUUGUCCCGUGCGUCACUGAGGUCAGAACCUUCGUGGCGGCGUUCCUGUUCUCCAUUGAGACCCAGACGACCAUCGGUUACGGCGCUCGCUGUGUGACGGAAGAAUGCCCGGCGGCCGUCUUCAUGGUGGUCUUUCAGUCCAUCAUGGGCUGCAUCAUCGAUGCCUUCAUGAUCGGUGCAAUCAUGGCCAAGAUGGCGAGGCCCAAAAAGCGAGCGGAGACUCUACUGUUUAGUCACAACGCCGUCAUCGCUUUGCGUGACGGCAAACUGUGCCUCAUGUUCAGGGUUGCUAAUUUAAGGAAGAGCCAUAUAGUAGAAGCUCACGUUCGAGCCCAGCUGGUCAAACCUCGCUUCACAGAGGAAGGCGAGUACAUCCCCCUGGAUCAGAUGGACAUGAACGUAGGCUACGACAAAGGCACCGACCGCCUCUUUCUGGUUGCUCCUCUCACCGUCAUACAUGAGAUCGAUGAAGAGAGUCCGCUGUUCGGCAUCAGCAAGCAAGAUCUGGAAACGUCAGACUUUGAAAUAGUCAUCAUACUCGAAGGGUUGGUUGAGGCCACGGCGAUGACGACGCAGGCGCGCAGCUCGUACCUGGCCUCGGAGAUCCUGUGGGGUCACCGCUUUGAGCCGGUCAUCUUUGAGGAGAAGAGCCAGUACAGGAUAGACUACGCCUACUUUCACAAAACAUUCGAGGUACCAUCCACCCCCAGAUGCAGCGCCAAGGACAUGGAGGAGAGAAAAUUCUUAACAUCUGGUGCCAACUCUUUCUGCUACGAGAAUGAGCUGGCCUUCAUCAGCAGGGACGAGGAGGAGGAGGAGGGGGAGGCAGGGAAAGACAGGAAGUGUUCGACAGAUUUAGUGAAUGAGCAGGCUACUUCCGGGCGAGAUCCAAAAUCCUCCCCGAAAGAAUCAGAGAUUUAAAAGAAAAAGGGUUUUGGUUUUGUUUGUUUUUGGAUGCAAUGAAGCAUCAUGGGAAGAACCCUAUGACUGUCACUCUUCUGACAUGAGGAUACCACUAAUGACAUGAAAAGGAUUUCCAUCAUACAAGCAAACUUUAAAGUCGAACAUUUCUCAUCGGAUUAACUUUUUAUCUUCCUGAGAGGCUCACAAAGAUUUACCAAACGCAAACACAACUGUAUUGUUUAAAUUAGCUGACGGCCAUAGUCAUACAGUGCAUGACAUUAGCAUAGCUUUGUAUGAAUAUUUUGGGAAAUGUUUCAUAAUAGUUUGGUGAGAAUAUCUGUAGGUGCUGUUAACCUUCCUCAAAUACACUUUAUAAACCUGAGUGUGGAGUGAUGAAACAUUAACGAAAAACAGACCUAUUCCUCCAGACUCGUGUGGUAAACACAGAGAUGUGGAUCAACACUGGAUUUUCAUCUUCAUGAUUUAUGUGAACAAUAGGACUCUGAAUAAUAUAUAUUAUAUGUAAUUGGAGGACUUGUUAGUGGGCGUAAAUAAAUGUGUGUAUGUUCUGCAUGUAACAAGGGGAGACUCAAGAGAAAGAGACUUCAAAACAGGAAAAAAAAAGCUUAACGGUGCGUGAUGUGUUAUUAAUGCCGCUAAGCCUUUAAUCAGGUCGAACUAUACAUCUCUGUCUUUAACUUUCAGCCAGCAGGGAGCCACUGACAGAUUGGCCGAUGUAACGACCUAAUGAGCAUUUGCUCGUUUUUGCUUCUGGCUUUACUGUUUCUUCACCUUUCUAUGCUCUCCCAUGUAACACAUGCAGUUAGCUAUGAUAACAGAGGGAAGGGUUUGCACUGGAAACCUGUUUAUGUUACUGAAACAACAGGUCUUUGAUCUCAGGAAGAAGUAGACUCAAGCAGUUUAUCAUUUGGAUCUGUCAACAGAUUUCAUCAACCGAUCUCACAAGCCACUAACUUUAGCUUUUUCAAAUAUGCACCCCCGGAAAUUUCUAGACAAUUUUAGGAGGACGGCUCUUGAAAUUCUCCUGAUCUUGUUGUUCACACAUUCUCACAGCGGGACACUCU